AUGGAGACGGGCGAGGGUUGGUCCGUAUUGGGCCGCAGGAAAAGCAACGGGACAUAUCCGCCGCCGGCGGAAGAUGGCGAUCCCGGGUCUCCUUAUCACCGGCUGGGUCAACGGAUGCAGGACAUCACUGGCGAUGGAGGAGUGUUGAAGGAAGUUAUCCAUGCUGGAACUGGUGAAGAGAUGCCCCCUGAUGCUUCAAUACUAGUGAAAUUUUCGGGGUACUUGGAGCACAUGGACCGACCCUUUGACACAAACUGCUCCAAAAGAAAACUAAGACUCAUGAAAGUUGGUGAAGAUAUCACCCUGCAAGGUAUGGUGAUUGGGCUUCUGUCAAUGAAGAGGGGGGAGCUGGCACGAUUUCUUUUCAAACCAAAUUAUGCCUUUGGAAUGGCUGGCUGCCCACCCUUGAUCCCUCCCCGAGCAACAGUCUUGUUUGAGAUCGAACUUUUGGAUUUCUUAGACACCGCAGAAUCUGAUGAAUUCUUUGAGCUGACUCCUGAGCAACAGAAGAGGUUCCCCUUGCAGAAAGUGCUGAAGGUAGCAGAAACAGAACGAGAGUUUGGCAAUUACCUCUUCCGACGGGAGCACUUCAUGGAUGCCAGAGAAAGAUACAAGCGUGCUUCCUCAGUCUUGCAUCAGGUGACGGCCAAGGAGAACGAACAAACCAAAGUAGAUUCGGCCAAGCUGCUGGUCCUCUUGAACUUGUCCAUUACUUAUCUGAAGUUGGAGAAUCCUGCUCGAGCCCUUACCUAUGGACAAAGGGCUUUGGAGCUAGAUCAGAAAAAUGCCAAAGCCCUCUUCAGGUGCGGCCAGGCAUGCCUUUCUCUGGCAGAAUAUGAGAAAGCUCGGGAUUUUCUAGUUCGAGCGCAGAAAGAACAGCCCUUUAACCACGACAUCAACAAUGAAUUGAAGAAGCUGGCCAGCUGUUACAAAGAAUAUAAGGACAAGGAGAAAGAUAUGUGCUCCAAGAUGUUCAGCUCCCUUUCAGUAGGAGAAGAAUUAAAGAGUCCUUCUCUGCAGGAGAAAGGAGCAGACGCAUAACCGGAGGGAAGUUGAGCACAAUUCAGACCCACGAGUGAAGGACCCUUUGCUUCAACCAAGAUUUGGAACCAAGAAGACGAUGGUUUGGUUUGGUUUUCUUUCAAACUAACGUUGUGUUUGUCCAGGUGUCUCUCUGGGCCAGUGGCAUUCUG